AUGAGAAACAUCCAGGUGUAUAAAACAGGAGCAGACCUGAAGGCGAGGAAGACAGAAAGACAAAGAGAGUCAGAAAGAAAGCAUCGGGUGGAGAUACAGCAGCAGCUCGAGAUCAGGACUUUGGAGAGCGCAGCGGACAGAGCAAAGAAAACAGACAACGUUCUUUAGAGCACAUGUGUAAAGCGAUGUUACAACGGACCGGCCCCCAGCUGCUUUUCCUAAUAGCCCUGUGCAGUGUGUUGUACUCACGGACUCUGAGUCUGCCAUACACAUCCAUGAGACCGACGAGACACGCAGACGGUCUGUUCACCAGCGGAUACAGCAAACUCCUCGGACAGCUAUCAGCGCGGAGGUACCUGGAGUCUCUGAUCGGGAAGCGGGUCAGUGAUGAGCUAAUGGAGGAGCCAGUGAAGCGCCACUCAGACGCCAUCUUCACAGACAACUACAGCCGCUUCCGCAAGCAGAUGGCCGUCAAGAAAUACCUGAACUCAGUCUUAACAGGAAAGAGAAGCCUAGAAGAUCCUGGAUCCAGCGACCCAGAGGACUCCAGGGAUGAGCCCAACACUUUCCAGGAGAGCUACAAUGACAUCAACGUAGAUCACCUCCUAAACAACUUUCAGCUGCCACUUUGAGGAGGGGUCCGUGCUCGAGUGAAUACCUCAAGUCAUCCUCAUGAACCCGCCCAUUCCAAAAACAACACAGUAUUAUUCCAAAGGACAUUCAAAAGUCAAAUCAACCAAUGAUGAUGUGUUCUCCAAUGUGGUUAUCUAUCUACUCAUACACACAGUACAUGUUUACGCUGUAUAUAUACAGUAUAUAUAUACAAUACUAAUCACUGAACUCUGUGGGCCGCACUGAGCAACAUGCGUGUCCUCAUGCAGUUUAGUCAUUUGUGUUUGAAAACGACGACUGACAACAGUAAAUAUUAGCAAAAGUAUGACGUUUACUUUCUUUCUAAGAUCAUUGUUGUGCUUAACUUUCAGUAGAACAAUUUCUGUCCUAAUAACUUUUUAAAAAACCACUGUCCUAUUAAAUUUGUGUAAAAUUUGUAGCAUCGACUUUGAGUAAAAGAUUUAACCCAUUGAAUGUCAAUAGAACAGUAUUUGCUUUCCCUUUCCCAUGGAUUUUCAAUGGAUCUACUAUCAGUCUAACUUUGACCAAUGUCCAAUUGAAUUCUCUUGAAUUUUCACUUAAUUUUCAUUAAAUUUCAAUGAAGCAUAUGUCCAAUCUUCAGUGUAAAGCUAGCACCACUGGCUGGUAUAAAAAGUUAUCCAAUGGAACAUUUGAACAAUUUCAAUAUCAAACUUUAAAUGCAACCAUUUUGCCUAAUAUUAAAUUUGAUUGAAAUCUGUCCCAUAAACUUUCAUUUAAUUUUUUUUAAACUAUUGAAUGUCAACAGAACCGCAUUUACACUCAAUACAGUAACUUUCCCAUGAAUUUUGGUCGAUCUAUUGUCACUUUACCUUUAAGAGACUAACAUUUAUUCAUUAACCAGUAGUUUCAUUGACCUUCAGUGGAGAAUUUAUUUUCAAUGGAACACUAGCACCGUUAGCUUUCAGUAAAAUAUAAAUUUGUCACAUUUUGUUUCAAGAGAACUGUUGUUCUAUUAACUUUCAAUGGGAAUAUUUAAGUGAUAUUUAUCCCAUUAUUGGGUUACUUGUUGAACAUCAAUGGAACAUCAUUGGUUUCUAUUUGUCGUCCGAUUAACUUUAAAUCGAACAUCUGUCUGAUUGGGUUCUGAACUAAUGCAACAUUGGUUUUCCAUUGCCCCAUUUACCUUUAGAACAAUAAUUACAAUGAUUUGAUUGAUUUAGUUUUAUUUGGAUGAUAUCUUUCAAUUGAUUUAUGGCUCAAUUACACAUGGGACAAAAAAAAAAUAGGGACACAAUUCAAAUUAACAGUUGUCGCCUCAGUUUUCAGUGGUGCAGUCAUAAUGUAAGUGCUGACUGAAUUGUUUUAGAGAAUCCAAACAUGGUAAAAAAAAAAA